AUGUACCGCAAUCGCGAUAAACACCCGGGUGCCAUGGCGGCAGGCAGCGGGCGAGGGUCCUCGUACGCCGAAGGGUGGGUGCCCCGCUCCCAGGGAGGAGCUCUUGUGACCAUUUCGACGAUAAGGAAUGACUUCAUGGUUCGUCAGUGGCAGAAUGUUCUUAUCUUGCAGGGCCCGCAUGGAACUGCUGCUGUUAACAUCCGUUGCAACCAACGUGCCCCUGAGGACCAACACAAGGUACCUAACCCGAAGCUAUCCGGUCGCUUCUCACAUUGGGCGUCACUAUCAGUCUGUGCCCAAGAGUACCAGGCUCAGAAUAUCGUGGGCGACCUCGACCUCAAUGGUCAUCGGAGCAAUGUGCACACAGUCCAGCGUGGGCUGUCCGUGCUCACCCUUCAGCGCUACAUGCGAGCCCCCACGAAAUCCUGUCAUGGCCGCAAUUUCGGCCAAGCCCAAACCGAUGACGUGCCUCUGCCGGUGAAAUCCGUCAACAUGAGUGCGGAGCGAUGUGUGAUGCGAGUCCGCAUACCCAACCAAAGGUACAUAUUUGUCGGCGGCAAGUCCGUUGUAGCCCUUUUAUCGCCCAACAGCCAGGCAGACGCACCUGACGAAGCGAUGGCGCCCGUCGGUGCCGCUGACUAUGUGACGCUUUUGACAGAACGUCAUGGACCGGCAUACGUGUUGCCAGGAAACAUCGGAUGA